AUGGCGGCGGGUGGGAGCGGCGGGCGCGCGUCGUGCCCGCCGGGGGUCGGCCCGGCCCCCGCUCCGGGACCGGGCCCGGGACCCGGGUCGGGGCCGGGCGCGCAGGCCGCGGCGGGCGGGGAGCGGGCGGCCGAGGAGCCGGGGGCGGCGGCGCUGCUGCGCGAGCCCGUCUACAACUGGCAGGCCACCAAGCCCACGCUGAAGGAGCGCUUCGCCUUCCUCUUCAACAACGAGGUGCUCUGCGACGUGCACUUCCUGGUGGGCAAGGGGCUCGGCGCGCAGCGCAUCCCCGCGCACAGGUUCGUGCUGGCCGUGGGCAGUGCCGUCUUCGACGCCAUGUUCAACGGGGGGAUGGCCACCACGUCCACGGAGAUCGAGCUGCCCGACGUGGAGCCCGCCGCCUUCCUGGCCCUGCUCAAGUUUCUCUACUCGGAUGAGGUUCAGAUCGGGCCCGAGACAGUCAUGACCACGCUGUACACCGCCAAGAAGUACGCGGUGCCGGCGCUCGAGGCCCACUGCGUGGAGUUCCUGAAGAAGAACCUGCGGGCGGACAACGCGUUCAUGCUGCUGACGCAGGCACGACUCUUCGACGAGCCGCAGCUGGCCAGCCUGUGCCUGGAGAACAUCGACAAGAACACGGCCGACGCCAUCACCGCCGAGGGCUUCACGGACAUCGACCUGGACACGCUGGUGGCCGUGCUGGAGCGGGACACGCUGGGCAUCCGGGAGGUGCGCCUGUUCAACGCGGUCGUGCGCUGGGCCGAGGCGGAGUGCCAGCGGCAGCAGCUGCAGGUGACGCCCGAGAACAAGCGCAAGGUGCUGGGCAAGGCGCUCGCGCUCAUCCGCUUCCCGCUCAUGACCAUCGAGGAGUUCGCUGCAGGUAACUGUCAGGGGGCGGGGGCCGCUCGGCGGGAGCCUGACCCCCGGGGACCCCAGCCCCCACCCUCCUGGGGCCCUGGGUGCCUGACCGCAGAGACUGUUCCCACCCAGGGCCCAGACUCCCACUAUGGCACCAAGGGCCUGCGCAAGGUGACCCACGAGUCACCCACGACGGGGGCCAAGACGUGCUUCACCUUCUGCUACGCGGCGGGGAACAACAACGGCACGUCCGUGGAGGACGGCCAGAUCCCCGAGGUCAUCUUCUACACCUAGGCCGCCCGGUCCCCGAAGCCACCUGAUGCAAGUAGGCCGCCCCCACCCCGUACCGCGCCCCCUGCCACGUUUCUGGGCGUCAGGAGAGGGUCUUCACUCCCUGCUCGGGGGAGCCGGGCAGGGGCUGUGAUGCGGUCCUUCAGGACGUGGGGGGGUGGGCAGGGCUGGCCCGGACCCGCCCUGAGCCAAGUGUCCCCCCGGGGCCUUGGACGUGGGGGGGUCCCACACGCCGUCCCUGCAGCUCAGGGCCACCUGACCAACCGCCUGACCACAGGAUUCAAAUAGGAUUGCGUCUCAUGUUUGUUCUAACCGCACAUAGCAAUGCAUCUUGGGUCCCCAUUUCUCUGGUAGGAGGCAGCGUGUGGCGUCCUGGUCUAUUCACUGGGGAUGCUUGGGCCGCCCUGACCCUGGCCCCCAGCACGCUGGCCCAGCCCCCCUCGAGGUCCCACAGGCUGGCUUUCUGCCAGGCCCUGGCCCGCCCAGAGAAGGGCCCCUGCAGCUGCGGGCACGAACUCCCCACCUGAUCUGCCCAGAGGGGCAAAUGGUGCGGGGCCUGCCUUGGUGGCCGCGACCCCGGCUGGCCCCGCCCCCUGUACAUACCGAAGCCCCGCCCCACCCGGCCUCUGAGUGAGCUCUAGGUCCAGAGGUGCUGGAGGGCGGAGCCCCUCCCCUAAGUCCCCAGUCCUUCCCCCACCGCGUUUUCACCCCAGUGAUCCCUUCCGGAAACUGUCCUCCCCAAGCCAUGAAAGGUGUGCUCUCCUCACACCAGACCCCCAAAUGAUUUUUUUAAAUAAAGGAAAGAAACGAAA